AUGGCAAGCACGACGACGACGAGCAGCACAGUUCCGAAAGGCGCCGAGUCGCCGCCGCCGACGGCCUCGCCCAUCCCCAAAGUCCUCGCGUUCGACGUCUUUGGCACCGUGGUCGACUGGCACGGGAGCAUCGCGCGCGAGGCGGAGCGCAUCGUGCCCGGCCUCGAUGGGGACGCGUUCGCGCUCGCCUGGCGCGAAGGAUACCGGCCAGCCAUGGCGCGCACGAUGGCCUCUGGACAGUUCCGCGUGCUCGACGAGCUGCACCUCGAGAUCCUGCGCGACAUUGCGCCGCGCUUCGGCCUGGCCCUCACCCCCGAGCAGGAAGACGAGCUCAACAAGGCAUGGCACCGGCUCGACCCUUGGCCUGAUAGCGCGGCGGCGCUCGCGCGCCUCAAGACCAAGUUCAUCAUCACGCCCCUGUCCAACGGCGGCAUCGGGCUGCUCACGCACAUGGCCAAGCGCGGCGGCCUGCCGUGGGACGUCGUGCUGUGCGCCGAGGUGUUCCAGGCGUACAAGCCCGCGCACCGCGUGUACCAGGGCGUCGGGCGCGUGCUCGGCGUCCCGAUUGCCGAGGUCAUGAUGGUCGCGACGCACCACGACGACCUCGACGCCGCGCAGGACGCCGGGUUGCAGACGGCGUACAUUGCCCGCCCGCUCGAGUUUGGCGCAAAGCAUACCGAGCUCAAGGACUCGGAGAGGAAGGAGAGGCAUCCGCUCCACUUUGACUCUAUACAUGGCCUCGCAGACCACUUUGGGUGUUAG